AGACCGGGACAGCGGCUGAGAUCUUGCGAAACCCAGAUACCAAGAGAAAUGUUUCAAAUUGGGGGCCUCAUUGUCUUCUGUGGGCUGCUGGCCCAGACCACAGCCCAGCUUGGUGGUGGCCUGCCAUUGCCACUGGGCCAGGGGGUGCCAUUGCCACUGGGGCAAGGCCAGCCCUUGCCCCUGGGCCAAGGCCUACCCUUGUAUGUGACACCAGCUCUGUCCUUGAAGCAUGAGGAUCCUCAGGGAAGCCUGACUGGCGCCCUCACCAAUGGCCUGCUCUCAGGGGGUCUGUUGGGCGUUCUGGAAAACCUUCCACUCUUAAACAUCCUGAAGCCUGGAGGAGGCACUUCUGGUGGUCUGCUUGGGGGCCUGCUUGGAACUCUGACUUCAGGGAUUCCUCUCCUGAACAACAUCAUUGACUUAAGGAUCACUAAUCCCCAGCUGCUGGAACUUGGCCUUGUACAGAGCCCUGAUGGCCAUCGCCUCUAUGUCACCAUCCCUCUGGGCCUGAACCUUGAAUUGAAAUUGCCCCUGGUCACAAGUCUAUUGGAGCUGAGCCUGAGGCUAAACAUCACUGCAGAAGUCUUAACCAAGAGAGACAACCAGGGGAGAGUCCACCUGGUGAUUGGUGACUGCACCCACUCCCCCGGCAGCCUUCACAUCUACCUGUUUAAAGGAAUUGCUCCUCAGCCUGUUCAAGGCCUUCUAGAUGGCCUCACAGAUAUCCUCAAUAAAGUCCUCCCUGAGCUGGUGCAGGGCAAGGUCUGCCCUCUGGUCAACGAGGUGCUCAGGCUCUUGGACAUCACGCUGGUUCAUGAUAUUAUUGAGUUACUGCUCCAUGGGGUACAAUUUGUCAUCAAGGUCUAGGCCUCCCAGGAAGGGAACCUGCCCUCUGCUGAGCUGAACCAUUUCUUGCUCCUGCCCAGAGUCCAGAAGGAUGGCCCAUGCACUGGGAAAUGACAAGGCUACUUUAUCCCCAAGGAACCUGCUCACCCUCCUUUCUCACCAGCCAUGAAAACAUCCCGUGGUCCACACCAAAUAAACUUGCUUUUCUUCUGCACUUAGGUCUCAUUCUUCACCAUCAUGUGAUGGUGCAUGGGCUGCAAAGAGCCUUGGCCUUGGUGGCUGGAGCCACCCACCAGAACUUCAAAACUUACAUCACGAGUCUGAGUGGUCUUGAAUAGGUCACAGAAGUUCAAGUGUGUGUAGAUUUCACACAACUAUCUUGCUCUUCUCAGGAAGGAUACAUAGGGGCCUGGGUAGAGGGAAUACUUCAGGCACAGAUGAUGACAAACAAAGCUGCCACCAAGAGACAUUCUGGAGGUGGGC